AUGAAACAUAAGAGGUUUGAGGAAAAUAUUUUAGUUGAUGAAGCUUACACAAAUUACGGCAGACCAGAUAAGAAUGAAGAUCAAAAAAAGGGUUCAGGUAUUGCCAAAAAUUUUGCAGAAACUCUAGAGUAUGGGGAGCGAAAGAAAUGGUAUCAUCAGCUUCCAGAAGAACCAACAGUAACCAAUAAAUCACUAAGUCAAGACAAAAUUGAGGAACUUAGGAAGGAAGCAAGCAGUGCCUUACAUGGAGACACAUUAGCUUAUGAAACAAAAACAAACAGAAACGGUUCUUCUGAUCAACAAUGGGCUCGUACGCUUCUUAAUAAAGGUGCUAUUGGUGACAGAGUUGCAGCUGCAACCAUUUUGAUUCAAGAUAACCCCAUUUACAAUUUGAUGGCAUUAAGAAAUUUAGUCAGCAAUGUGAAACCAGCUAAGAAGAAGGAUGGAAUUGUAAUUAUAGACGCCCUGUCGGAGCUCUUUAUCUCUGAGCUGCUUCUGCCUGAAAUCAAGCUACGCACCUUCGAGCAACACUCGCUGGGGCAAGUAGACGAAAUGACAUCAGGCAACAAGCAGGCGCGCCGGAAUCUUCUGAAGCUCUGGUAUUUUGAGGAUCAGCUAAAGGAGUUGUAUGGAACCUAUGUGGAAGCAUUGAACAAGUUUGCCCACGACUCUGUGGAGGCGAACAAAGAAAAAGCUGUUAGCUCUAUGUCAUACUUGCUGAUGCACCAUCCAGAGAGAGAAAAGAUGCUCCUGACGAAUAUUAUAAACAAGCUUGGUGACCCAUCCCAGGCUGUCUCGUCCAAAGUUAUAUACCACCUCUGCCAGCUCUUGUACAACCACCCCAACAUGAAGGGAGUGGUGUUAGCAGAAAUCGAGAGAAUGCUGUUUAGGUCCAACAUCUCUCCACGGGCACAGUACUACGGCAUCUGCUUCCUGAACCAGUUCUUCCUCGGAAAGGACGACUCUAAAAUAGCGGAGAAUCUCAUUCGCAUCUACUUCUCCUUCUUCAAGGCCUCCAUCAAGAAGGGCGACAUCGACACGCGCCUCAUGUCGGCAAUACUGACGGGCGUGAAGCGCGCGUACCCGUUCGCGGAGGGGGGGCGGCUCGCGGCGGCCGCCGACCACGUGGCGGCCGUGCACCGGCUCGUGCACCUCGCGAGGCCCUCCGUGGCGGUGCACGCGCUGGCGCUGCUGUUCCACGUCAGCUCCGCCACCGAGGGCGGCGCCGACCGG